AUGAAGGGAGUGAUGCACUUUGGUCAAAAGGGAAAGCUUAAACCGAAGAAUGUUGGUUCUUAUGAGGUGCUUGAAAGGGUCGGUGAGGUUGCAUACCGAGUAGCCUUGCCUCUGGAGUUGUCAAAGGUUCAUGACGUGUUUUAUGCGUCGCAAUUGCGAAGGUAUCGUAGUGAUCCUUCUCAUGUGAUCCGAGUUGAAUCGGUCGAGGUUCAUAUUGUUUUGUGGUAUGCUACCAAGCAAAGGAGAGUUUAUCAGCAAGCUGUCAAUGGAAUUAGCCAGAUUUCUUUUAGUGUCGACGAAAGUGUGACACCCAAGAAGCCUACCUCUCUGCCAGAGGUAGCAAAGCAACGUGAAUUGAGUGGCACUCUAGAAGCUGAGGCAGACUCAAAGAUCAAAAAGGGACUGUCAUAUGCCAAGUGCAAGGAACUCAGUGGAAAUAACAUUUUUGGCCCACCUCAGGAAAAUCUUCCUCGAUCAUUGGCUGUUGCACGUUCAUUGGAGUCAAAAGAAAAGGACAUGGGUGAGCCAGCACCAAGAAAUCUUUUCUAUUUUCUGGCUAUACUAAGUUUUUAAGAGAGCGACUCAAUCUUUUCUAUUUUCUGGCUAUACUAAGUUGGUUUCCCCCUUAUGUUGUUCUGUUUGUGUGGUCAGCAAUUCGGGAUCACUUGUUUAAAUAUAACCUUUAUUUUGCAUUGUCUUGAGCUUGCUAUCUGUGUUUGGAGGACAAUGAUUGUAGAAAGGUAGGCUCUAGAGGACCGUAACAGAAAACAGUUGAAUAUGAAAUUUAUAUGCGUGUUAAUUGAAUUGCUUGAUUAGUG